CCCACCUGCUCUCAUGCAGUUCCACCUCCUCCAAAGCCACUCGCCUCCCCCCUCGACCCUCUGCCUCUCGUCUCAGGGCCUGGACAUCAGCUGAAAAAAAGGCACGACGUGAGACCUGUGAGUUGUUUCAUCUGGGGCGAAAUGAGGACUGCAGCCCAGGAGACGGCAUUUCAGACAGCUCUGAGAAACUGCUCCAAAGAGGCGGGGGAAGGUAUAUCUGGGCCCAGAGCGUAUGUGUGGCUAUUGCAGAGACGCACAGCUAGUGGCUGCAUCUGCACAGCUGAGAACAACUGGAUCUUGUUCACACUCAGCCAGAGGAAGGUUCCUGGCCAGGCUGUGCCCGGGAGGGCGGAGGGUGUCCCGGAGGCCCUGAAGCAGAAGGUGCAGCAGAGAAUGGACAAGGCCCAUGACAAUGUCUCCACACAAACAGAAACAAGACCAGGAAAGUGCAACAUUCCAGGAGAUCCUGGAGAGGAAUUGGGGGAAGGAAGCGGCGGCCGGAGGCUUUGGAGCUCGGCCCCCAAGAACAGGGAAGAAGCAGAUGCACUGCAUGAAUAUCCGAAUGAGCUGAAAACAGACUUGGCCGUGGGGGAUCAAGACACACUCCAAGAAGAUCAGCUGGACAGGAAGAGGUUUUUGGAGGAGUUUCCUCGGGUGAAGCAGGAGCUUGAGGAGGGCAUAAAAAAGCUCCACGCACUUGCAGACAAGGCUGACAAGGUACACAAGGGCUGCACCAUCUCCAAUGUGGCAGCUGCCUCUGCUGGCACUGUGUCUGGUGUCCUGACCAUCCUUGGCCUGACUCUGGCACCCGUGACAGCAGGGGCCAGUCUGGCACUCUUAGCCACUGGGGUAGGGCUGGGAGCAGCGGCUGCUGUGACCAGUGUGUCCGCCACCAUCGUGGAAUCUGUAGGCACGUCGGCAGCAGAAACCGAAGCCAGUCGCCUUACGGCAACUGCUGACAACAACGAGGAGGGGUUUGCGGGGAUUGUAUGUAACAACACAGUCAAGUUGGCUUCCUCUAUAGAGAAAUUCUGCCAAGCCACGCAAGAAAUUAAGAACAACGUCCGUGCCAUCAAGUUGGCCAAAGUCAACCCUAACUUAGCAGCCCGUGCUAAGCGCUUCACGGCCACUGGGCAAGUCUCAGUCAAAGGCGGGAGGCAGGUGCAGACAGCUUUCAGAGGCACGGCUCUGGCAAUGACCAAAGGAGCCCGGAUUGCGGGUGUGGCCACCGCAGGUGUCUCCCUUCUGGUGGACGUGGCCUUCCUGGUGAAAGAUGCAAAGCACUUGCUUGAGGGGGCAAAGACGGAGUCGGCUGAAAGGCUGAGGCAGCAGGCCCGGGAGCUGGAGAAGAAGUUGGAGGUGCUCACCCGCGUCUAUGAGCGGCUGCAGUAGGGCUGGACUCCGCCACUCCUCGAGCUGUGCAGGGACCAGGGACACUUGUGGGGCCAAGGUGCAGAGGCACCUUGUUAGAGGAAAAAAGAGAGUGAGACAAAAAGAUAAAAGUGGGGAAGAUGGGCUGUUCUCUCUGAUUCUUGUUUUGUUCUGUUGGCUGGACUAUGCCAUUUUCCUAGAGGAAGAGAAAUCCUUAAACCCUCUUGUAUUCAAAACCUGUAAUUUGCAUCCCUAAAUUCUCCCUCUUGGCUCGAGUUGAGCCACAAAACUUCAAGUACCGCUGUUCAAAAAUUAUUUCAAAAAAUCACAGAAUAAAUGUCCCCUUUUUUUUUGAGAGCUUUAUUAAUGUUUAAUUAAAUGUUUACCAGGGUUUCUUACACUUUUAUAAAACAGGCUGAUUUCAUAUCAGUCUUCACAAUCAUGUUCAUAUAUGGAGAGAAACAACAGUCCAAAAAAAUGAAAUCAUCCUGUGUAUAUUGU